AACCCCGGACCAAACCUUGGAGGUAAAAAUGGAAAAUGAAGGGCUUACACGAGUAAUAAAAGGGGCAAAAUAGCAAUUUUCACUCCAAAAAGCCUAGACAGACCUGUCACACUGCCUGACAUAAUGAAUAGUAAAUGAAUGGUUUACCCAACGAAACACACAAAGUUAAAGAAGCAAAGGUAACAUUAAUUAUCAACGAAAAAAGAGGUUAGAUCAACGAAAUUCAACAAGAAGCAUAGUUGAAACUUAAUGUAUGUGUGACUUUCGGACACAGUCACCGAGUAGAAGAAGAAGAAGAAUCAAAUUGAAAGGGAAUGUUUGGAGUGAAAAGAAAAUCAACUUUAGUGGGUUUGGCUUUUCUAAUGUUCAUGGGUAUUGCUGUUUAUUUCAGACUUUGGGCUAUUGACUACAACAUUUCAAUCGAUGAUUCUGAGCUCUUAAGGAGACAGUUUGAUAUUGCUAAUAGGGAGGCAAUGGAUGAAUCUGCUGAGUGGAGGCUAAAGUAUGAUAAGGAGGUUGAUAGGAUGAACAGGUGCUUAAAGGAACUUCAAGUGUUUCAGAACUCCUCUCAGAUAGCCAAGGAUGCUUCUGGCAUUAACCAUAAAUUUGCAAUACUACAAAAGGAGAAUGCAAUCUUACUUGAAAGGGUGGAAACAUUAAAACGACAGCUUGAAGAGGAAAAGCUGAAGUGCAAUUCACAAUAAUUGAACUAAUCAUGAAAGCAUUGACACGGAGUGAAUUAUUUGUCACUUUGUCCUCAACUGUUCCAUGUCUAAGCUCAGAUAUUUGUGGUAUAUCAGUUUUUAACUAUGGAAGAAUUUUGAUUGGAUGGUUUAUGGUCUCAAAUUUUCACCUUAGAGACACUGGCAUCCAGGGAAAUACAUGAGUCAGACUUAUCAUCCCCUCUCCCCCAUUAUAUUCUUUAGGUACAUUUUAUUAUAGACAAAUAUGUUGUUUCUUCAUCUCCAGAGAUGUCUAUUAGGUUCAUUGUUUACCUUAUUUAAAGAAGAACAGUCGUCCUCUGUAUGCCUUGAUUGUAUUGUAGGCUUGUAUCCUGUAAAUGCAGCAUAUCUCUGGUAAUAGAUAUCCAGGUUUUUUAGUCA